CUAUCGAUCAAUUACGAUUGGACGAUUUCCAUUCGUCUUCAAGAGCAGGAGCAGUUACCCCCUCACUCCAGCCGACAGCAUUGGAAGGAACCCACCACCUCAGAGCUCGCCAUGGAGAGCUGGACGGACUACUUCACGUCGCACUUCUACGCCAUGAAGGCGCGGCCCGUAUCGGCCUUUGAUCCUUCAGGCUUCAUCAUCGUCAUCUCGGCAUUUCUGCUCCUCGUGGGUGUUGUUGCCGCAACGGCGCGUGCACUCGUGUCCAGACGCGGGCUUCUGCUACGCUCGCGCGUGGAGAAAAACCUGCAAGACAUGUCGGACUAUGUUUCUGACCAGCGCACGCGCGUAGGCGAGAACUUACAGUACAUCAAGGGACGCGCUAUCGACCACUCGGGUCGACAGGGUUUCAUUGCCGAGAUGCUCAGCUACGCUUACCUCUCGCGACUCGCCUUCUCGCUGUCGAUCUUCGCCAUUGCCUCGUACCUCAACACACUGGCUGCCGUUAUUGCAGGUUGGCGCACUCCCAAUGUGGUGAUCCUCGAUCUUGCCAAGGAGAAUACCAACCACAAGACCCUCCCGGACCUCGGACAUGAUCUCUUCAGAUUUGUUAUGACCAAGAUCUACGGCCAAACCACGUACAUUGAAUGGUUCGACCUGCCGGACGAAUUCCUGGCUGCUGUGGGUAUGCUGACGUCGUUUAUCCUCAUUCUGCACCCGCGGCGCCUGCUGAUCCUACGUCGCUUCUGCUUCAUCUUCGCUAUCAUCAACGUCAUGCGAGCAUGCUGCGUAGCUGUCACAUCGCUGCCGGACGCUAGCCCCAUGUGUAUCUCCCAGUUCGACAGCAAAGAACGUGGUAACUACAAGUCUCUCCCGAUUUUCCCAAAAGCCUUCUUCCGCGCUUGGAAAGUGCUGAUCCGCCCGUCACAGCACAUCACAUGCGGUGAUAUGAUCUUUAGCGGCCACGCAGUCUUUUUGAUUCUCUGUUGCAUGUUUGCCAGAACGGUACGAUCAAAAUUGUGCCUUGAGCGUCAUUGCGUUCGAUUUGCUUACCGAGACCGCUUGUUGAUACUUGCAGUACUGUGUGCGUUCGGAGUUGAACACGCCUUUCACCCGACGCUUCCCGUUUGUGUUGUGGAUGAUCCGCUAUUACAACUACAUCCUGUCGGCCUGUGGUAUCUUCGCUAUCGUAGGCACACGGCUGCACUACACACUUGACGUGCUCAUCGCUAUCUACAUCACGAUCCAAGUUUGGCUCACAUACCAUUGGCUUAUGAACCAUCCGGAGAGCGGUUUUGCUGUCAUCAAUUGGCUAGAGCAUGCAGAAGUGCAUUUGGUCGACCACAACGCCUACCGGAAGGCGCGGCGAUCUGGCAGUCAGAGUGAUCGGAUUGAAAAGAUCGACUAGUUUGCUGGUAGUUGGGUUAGUACGCGCUUCAAAGAGCAAACCAACAUCCAGGAUAAUACGACACAAAUCAUAGACUCGGUAGAGAAUUCACCACGAAACAUAUACCACCAGUAUGCAUGCGCACCUAGCGUCUGCUCUACUUCAUCAUCUAC